AUGGUUUCAGUUGUAGAAGGAGUCUCCCCCGAUAUGACAUUAGAGUUUUACCGUAAGGCGCUCAACUUCAACGUCAUAGGAAGAUACGAUCCCAAGAUCAAACAGCUUUUAUUUCACACACCUCAUGCUUCCGUAUAUAAGUGGGACUUCAACAAAGACGAAUGGGUGCGCUUGGAGUACCAAGGGGUGCUAGCCAUUUACUUGAGAGAUAUUAAACAGGCUGACGACAUCUUACAAGAAGAAACAGAGGAAGAAAGAUCUAUCCUCGCACUUCCCGGUCGCCCUAAUGGUCCAGAACAUAAUGUGGAGGUGCUGAAAGGUCGCGAUAUAUACAACUACGGGCUGAUAUUGCUCAACCGGAUGAACCCUGAAAACUUUUCCAUAGGGAUCGCUCCCAACAGUGUUAUCAAUAAACGCAGGCUCUUCGCUCCUGAGGAGGACGAGCAACAACCGCUAGAAUGUAUGAAAGUCGAAGUCAAGGACGACUUGGUGAUUAUAAAAAACCUACGACACGAAGUUUUUGGCAUUUGGAUACACACGGUUCCAGACCGCAAAAGUGUGUACGAGCUGAUCAAGUAUUUACUCGAAAAUGAGCCGAAAACGUCCUUCACGUAA